AUGUUGACGGUAUUUGGGCUAGUACUGUGCAUAUCUUCGGCUUCGGCACUUUGGCCCAUCCCCAGCGUGUAUACUAAUGGCAGCGGAGUUGUUUGGAUUGACAAGGAUGUCAAGGUCUCGUACAACGGUGCCGGACAGGGGGGUUACACAUGUGGUUACGGCUCAAAGGCAAACAACGAGACGUGGACUAGUGCGAUAGUCACGAAUGCCAUCGAACGGACAUACGACACCCUUUUCAACAAGAACUUCGUUCCUUGGAAGUUUCACCCUCGCAUGUCGAGCUUCGAGCCUACCCUUACGAGUGCUUCGGUGUAUGUCAAAUCGAUUACCUUGCAGCAGAAUGCGACGGACCCUUCAGACAUUGUCAAGCCCAACACAGGCGGUCUUGACGAGUCAUACACCUUGGCCAUGACUGCGGACGGGCACGUCACUAUCACUGGUAUCUCUUCUAUCGGUCUGCUGCACGGCCUGACUACGUUCACGCAGCUCUUCUACAGGUCGAGCAACAGUAGUGGUGGGGUCUACAGCACCCUCGCUCCGGUCUACAUCAGUGACGCCCCGAAGUUCCAGUGGCGUGGUCUCAACAUCGAUACCUCCCGCACCUACAAGCCUCUAUCAGACUUGUACGCGAUGAUCGACGCCAUGUCCUACAACAAGAUGAACCGUCUCCACUGGCACAUCACCGACGCCCAAGCGUGGCCCCUUGAGAUCCCCUCUCUUCCAGACCUUGCAAACAAGGGUGCUUACGCCACUUGGCAGAAGUACUCUCCCGCUGAUGUCGCGGCAGUGCAGCACUACGGUGCUCUGCUCGGAAUCGAGGUUGUCAUGGAAAUUGACAAUCCUGGCCACACCUCCUCCAUCGCCUUCGCCUAUCCCGACCUCAUUGCCGCCUUUAACGUUCAGCCCAAUUGGGACUCCUACGCAGCCGAGCCGCCGUCUGGAACGUUAAAGCUCAAUUCUUCCGCAGUAUACAGUUUCCUCAAUACACUCUUUGCCGACCUCUUGCCACGGCUAAGCCCGCUGACGAGCUACUUCCACCUCGGUGGUGACGAAGUGAACAUGAACGCUUACACGCUUGAUGAUACCGUCGGUACGAAUGCGUCGUCUGUUCUGCAGCCGCUGAUGCAGCGCUAUAUGGAUCGUAAUAUGGCGCAAGUCACGUCGCUCGGUCUCACACCGCUUGUCUGGGAGGAGAUGUUGUUGGACUGGAAUUUGACACUCCCAGCUGAGACCAUCGUGCAGACAUGGAUUGGCGAUGCUUCUGUUGCGGCAGUUGUCGCGCAAGGGUAUCGUGCGCUGGCCGGAAACUACAACUUCUGGUACUUGGAUUGUGGCCAGGGCCAAUGGCUUGACUUCUUUCCCGGCACGAGCUCGGAGCAGUUCUGGCCUUACGCAGAUUAUUGUUCUCCGCGGAAGAAUUGGCGCCUGAUGUAUAGCUACGACCCGUUAUCUGGCGUUCCAGCGAACGCAACACACUUGGUGCUCGGAGGUGAAGCGCACAUUUGGUCCGAACAGACCGACACGAUUAAUCUGGAUACUAUGGUUUGGCCAAGGACAUGUGCGGCGGCCGAGGUGCUGUGGUCCGGUGCGAAGGAUGCAUCGGGCCAGAAUCGCAGCCAGAUUACCGCUAGCCCGCGGUUGAGCGAGAUGAGGGAGCGUUUGGUGGCGAGAGGCAUCAGGGCUGAGCCGAUACAGAUGCCAUACUGUACGCAGAAUGGGACGCAAUGUGCGUUGUAA